AUGGCUUCUGGAUCUUCGAAGAAGAAAAUGGGAAUAGCUUACCUUCUAAAUGACCACCAACAUAGAGAAAUUGAGUAUGAAGGUAUUAACCAAUGCCAUUUCGGCAAUAAUGCAACAAUCCCAGAACCAAAAGCACAGAAUGAUUGGCUGGAAGAUCCACAAUAUUUGAACCACAUAGCUUCACCUCAGUGGCCUUACACUUCCCCUCCACUACUGAGCCCAAACAGUUUUCAUCGCUCUUCGUAUAGCUCUCCAAUUUUUCCCAAUCUAACUCCAUUGAAUUCAUACCAGCCACAGCUUAAUCCUUAUCACCAGCAACCACCCACCUCAUCACAAUCAUCUCCUAGUCGAUCACCACUAGCACGAAUGUCCGACAAUAGUGACUUCUUCCAAGGAAUGUCGCCAUUACUACUGCUGGCCCAUCAGCUUUAUGAGAAGCCACGGUCCAAAUCUCUCCAAAACACCCCACAGACAUACCAGCAAACCAAUAAAAAGCCAUCACAAGACGCAAAGGAGGAGAAGAAACGAAGACUUCAAAAAGCGUUGGCUGAUUUGAAUAAUGGUACCUAUAAAAACAUCCAUUCUGCGGCCAGUGCCCAUGAUGUAAAUUACAAUUCAUUGAAAAAUGCUUUCUACAAAAUCAACGGGAGAGACGAAAAUAGUCAAAGACUAACUACCAGUGAAAGGGAGCGAAGAAUAUCGAGGGCUAUCAAUGGAUUUAGAGAUGGUAAGUACUCCAACUUGACAGAAGCAUCCAAGAUGGAAAAGGUGUGUGCUGAGACCGUAAGAAAUAGAUAUCAUGGCAGAACCCAAAGCUUCAGUGACGCCAAGAAAACCCGGUAA